UAUUUUUGUCUGACUACAGUUUAAAAGGCACUUCAGGUGUGUGCAGUUAAGCCUAGCACAUUAUCAAAAUAUGUGAACAAAGGAUUACAUUAUGACUUCCUGUAAUUUUAUUUCUAUAUUGCUGCCUUAAAUAGCAAUGAAUAGGUCUUUUAAAAUAUGUCGUAAGACUUCUUGUACAAGAAGCAAUAUAUUCUGCAAUCUCAUUGAAAAAAUUGUCAAAAGACCCUCCUUACAGUUUUUGGGUCAGUGGGGAUAUCACUGUUAUGAACCUAGGAUUUAUAGAACACUGGCAAAAAUUCUGAGGUACGUCGACUUGGAGGGGUUUGACAUUCUACUCACAGAUUAUAUUGCAUUUGUGGAAAAAUCAGGAUACCGUUUUGAACUAAAUUUUAAUAUUGAAUUUACUGAAAUAUGUGUGAAUACAAUUCUGUACUGGGUUUUCGCCAGAAAAGGUAAUCCUGAAUUUGUGGAAUUGCUUCUGAAGAAGACAAAAGAUUAUGUUCAAGACAGAAAUUGUAACCUGGCACUAAUAUGGAGAACUUUCACACCGGUGUACUGUCCAAGCCCACUAAGUGGCAUCACACCUCUCCUUUAUGUAGCUCAGACAAGACAGUCCAAUAUCUUAAAUAUACUCCUGCAAUAUGGCAUAUUAGAAAGAGAGAGAAACCCUAUCAACAUUGUGUUAACAAUAUUGCUCUAUCCGUCAAGAGUGAGGAUAAUGGUUGAUCAUGAAUUGGUAGACAUCCAAGAAGAUGCCAAAACCUGCUUACUGCUGUGUACCAGAGUACUUUCUGUCAUUUCAGUCAGGGAAAUAGAGACACAGCUGAGUUUAGGAAGACGUCCAAUUAUUUCAAAUUGGUUGGAUUACAUUCCUUCAACAAGAUAUAAAGAUCCAUGUGAACUAGUACAUCUCUGUAGACUGACCAUCAGAGCUCAACUAUUAACCAACAACAUGCUCCCAAAUGGAAUAUUUUCUCUUCUAAUUCCUGCUCGUCUACAGAACUACCUUAAUUUAGAAAGUUAAUACAUUUCUUUAUAAUGAAUUCUUUAAGGUUGUUCACCAUUAUGUGGCCUCAAAGUCAGUAAACUAUUACCUUCAUG